UGGGCAGCUGAGGGCCUUGAUGAGAUGACCUCUUCCCCUUUCCUCUGAGGUCCAGGGAAAUUGCUAGACACUACGGAGCUCCCGCCCAAUGGAUCCCAAGCUAAGAAGAAUGGUGUGCUCGCUCCUGGCUUACCUGGUGCUGCUCGAGGGGGGCAUGUUCUCGCCGUCCUCACCACCCUCCGGGCUGCUCGGGAAGGUCUUCCAGUACAUCGAUCUCCACCAGAAUGAGUUUGUGCAGAUCCUUAAAGAGUGGGUGGCUGUUGAGAGCGACUCGGUCCAGCCCGUGCCCCGCCUCAGACAAGAGCUCUUCCGAAUGAUGGCCCUGGCCAUGGACAAGCUCCGGGGCCUGGGUGCCAGCGUGGACUCCGUGGACGCGGGUUUUCAGCAGCUGCCUGACGGUCAGACUCUCCCAGUACCUCCCAUCAUCCUGGCCGAACUGGGAAGUGAUCCAAAGAAACCCACUGUGUGCUUCUACGGCCACUUGGACGUGCAGCCUGCCAGACAGGAAGAUGGGUGGCUCACGGACCCGUACACGCUGACGGAAGUGGACGGAAAGCUUUAUGGACGAGGAGCAACAGACAACAAAGGCCCUGUUUUGGCAUGGAUUAACGCCGUGAGCACCUUCAGAGCCCUGGGGGAAGAUCUCCCCGUGAAUGUCAAGUUCAUCAUUGAAGGGAUGGAAGAAGCCGGUUCGGUUGCCCUAGAGGAAAUGGUCGGGAGAGAGAAGGACAGGUUCUUUUCCAACGUCGACUACGUCGUGAUUUCUGACAACCUGUGGAUCAGCGGGGGGAAGCCGGCCCUCACCUACGGCACUCGAGGGAACAGCUACUUCCGGGUGGAGGUGAAGUGCAGAGAUCAAGAUUUUCAUUCCGGAACCUUUGGUGGUAUUCUCCACGAACCAAUGGCUGAUUUGGUCGCACUUCUUGGCAGCCUGGUGGACUCAUCUGGCCAUAUUCUGAUCCCUGGAAUCUAUGACCAAGUGGCCCCUCUUACUGAAGAGGAGAGAAAAAUGUACGAAGCCAUCGAUCUGGACCUGGAAGAAUACCGGAAUAGCAGCCACGUUAAGAAGUUUCUGUUUGACACCAAGGAGGAAAUUCUAAUGCACCUGUGGAGGUACCCAUCGCUGUCAAUCCAUGGGAUAGAGGGUGCGUUUGAUGAGCCUGGAGCUAAAACCGUCAUCCCUGGCCGAGUUAUUGGAAAAUUUUCAAUCCGUCUGGUUCCUCACAUGAAUACAUCUGUGGUGGAAAAACAGGUGAAGCAGCAUCUUGAAUAUAUAUUCUCCAAAAGAAAGAGCUCCAACCAGAUGACCGUUUCUAUGACGCUGGGACUACAGCCGUGGAUGGCGAACACUAAAGAUAAACAGUACCUCGCGGCAACGAGAGCCGUCAGAACCGUGUUUGGAACAGAGCCAGACAUGACCCGGGAUGGCUCAACCAUACCGAUUGCCAGAAUAUUCCAGGAUAUCAUCCAGAAGAGUGUGAUGAUGCUCCCACUGGGCGCCGUUGAUGAUGGGGAACAUGCUCAGAAUGAGAAAAUCAACAGGUGGAACUACAUAGAGGGAUCCAAGUUGUUUGCUGCCUUUUUCCUAGAGAUGGCUAAGCUGCAUUUGUAAUGACAGGAACCUUCCAGCUUGGAGCUGACCUACUGACAAGAUACCCUCCCCUGCAGCCCUGGUUGGGAGUAGAAUCUAAAUAUCCAGAGAACUUCAGUCCAGGAAAUAAUGUGUUCCCUCCCAUUUAUAAUGUCUCUGUACAUUUGGGCCAAUAAUAAAGGGCAGACAGUGGAAAUGGUAUACUGCCCCCAGGGCACACCCUCUCUAAAGUCACAGCUACAAACACCUCCCUCAGUGCAGCUGUAGGAGCCCCGGAAGUGGCCUCACUCUUUCCUUGGAGCACAAGGACAGUUCUUCCAUUAGACCCUCCAGGCGCUUUGAUGGGCCUGAUCACUCCAGUGUGCUUUUUGAUUCUGGGGGUGCUUAUGACAUACGCAUUCCAUGUUUCUAUCACACUUGCUUUUAUGACACAUUCCUUUUAUUAGUAAAACUGUUGGUCCCACCAACUGGCUACCAUCAUUUCCCUGUGGGUUCAUUUCUAAAGGAGUCACUAAAGCGCAAUGCUCUCUUAACCUUUUGCUUCCCCUUCAUUGAUUUUGCGUUGCUGCUUGGAAAGUUCUGGAACACAAACGGUCAGUAGCCAUAUCCGUAUGCCAUUUGGGAUUCCCUUUGUGAAGAUGAGUACUUUUCAACUUCAAGGCUCUUCACCUUCUCUGGGAUUGAUGCCAACUGACCACUGCUCCUGCACCCUCUUCCUUCUCCCUACCCUAGCCUCCCAAACAUCUGUGCACAUGUAAAGUCACCACAGCAGAAUCAAUCCUGAUAGAAUCUCUUUCACCCCGUUGGAAUUUAACUCAGUGACUACAUCCAAAUUGCUCAAAGCUUUUAAUAGCAUCGGUUUUAGAUAGAGAACAAAUCUAAUCAGCCCUGACAUCAGUAACACAUUCUAAAUUUAAAGCCAUCAGCUAAUGCUGCGUUUAGUCAUCAUUUUAGUUAACCAUCUUGUUUGCCUUGAUUGCAUUUGAUGGUGUAAACAAACAAACAAAAAGAAUGUAAUUUUUCUACAGUUGAGUGUAUAUAAACAAAUCAAUUCAAUCUUUAUAAAUUCAUUAUUUAAAUCACAUAAAUGGAGAAGAAUUUAAGAGUUUAUUAAGAAUGUUUCUCUUAGGAUUCCAAAUAAAAUCAAAGCAUAAUACAUUUAA